CAAGCCGCUGAGGGGACAGAAGCAGCGGCUCUCCUGGAUUUGUUCACCAGGGAAAUCAGACACAAUGACUUGGCUCUUUCCCAGAACCACAGGGGCUCUGGCCAUUUUAAUGGUGGUGGUAUUGGUUCAUGGAGAAUUGCAGAUAGAGACAAAAGGACAACACAAAGAAGAUGGGACAGCAGUGCAACAAGCCAAAAGAAGGUAUAAACGUGAAUGGGUGAAAUUUGCAAAACCCUGCAGAGAAAGAGAAGACAACUCAAAAAGAAACCCAAUUGCCAAGAUUACAUCAGAUUUCCAAGCAACCCAGAAAAUUACCUACCGAAUUUCUGGGGUUGGAAUUGAUCGGCCCCCUUUUGGAAUAUUUGUUGUUGACCCAAACACUGGAGAUAUUAACAUAACCGCCAUAGUUGAUCGUGAGGAAACCCCAAGCUUCCUGAUCACAUGUCGGGCUCUAAAUAGCCUAGGACAAGAUGUAGAAAAACCGCUUAUACUAACUGUCAAAAUUUUAGAUGUUAAUGAUAAUGCUCCAGUAUUUUCACAAAGCGUAUUCAUGGGUGAAAUUGAAGAAAAUAGUGCUUCAAACUCACUGGUGAUGAAACUAAAUGCCACAGAUGCAGAUGAACCAAACCAUUUGAAUUCUAAAAUUGCCUUCAAAAUUGUCUCUCAGGAACCUGCAGGCACACCCAUGUUCCUCAUAAGCAGAAACACUGGGGAAGUCCAUACUUUGACCAAUGCUCUUGACCGAGAGCAAGUUAGCAGCUAUCGUCUGGUUGUGAGCGGUGCAGACAAAGACGGAGAAGGACUAUCAACUCAAUGUGAAUGUAGCAUUAGAGUGAAAGACGUCAAUGAUAACUUCCCAAUGCUUAAGGACUCUCAGUAUUCAGCACGAAUUGAGGAAAAUACUUUAAGUUCUGAGUUACUUCGAUUUCAAGUAAUAGACUGGGACGAAGAAUACACAGAUAAUUGGCUUGCUGUGUAUUUCUUCACCUCUGGCAAUGAAGGGAAUUGGUUUGAAAUACAAACCGAUCCCAGAACUAAUGAAGGCAUUCUGAAGGUGGUUAAGGCUCUAGAUUAUGAACAACUACAAAGUGUGCAAUUUAGUAUUGCUGUCAAAAACAAAGCUGAAUUUCACCGAUCAGUAAUCUCUCAAUAUCAAGUUCAGCCAAGCAAAGUCACAAUUGAGGUAACAAAUGUAAAAGAAGGAUUUACAUUCCGUCCCACUUCCAAGACAUUUACUGUGCAAAAAGGCAUAAGUAGUAAAAAAUUGGUUGAUUACAUCGUGGGAACAUAUCAAGCCAUUGAUGAAGACACUGGCAAAGCUGCCUCUUAUGUCAAAUACGUCAUGGGACGCAAUGAUGGUGGUUUGCUAACUAUUGAUUCAAAAACUGCCCAAAUCAAAUUUGCCAAAAACUUAGAUCGGGAUUCUACUUUCAUAGUUAACAAAACAAUCACAGCUGAGGUUCUGGCCAUAGAUGAAAACACAGGUAAAACUUCUACAGGCACCAUAUAUGUUCAAGUACCUGAUUUUGAUGAAAAUUGUCCAACAGUUUUCCUCGAAAAGGAAGUAAUUUGUAGCUCCUCACCUUCCGUGGUUGUCUCAGCUAGAGUGCUGAAUAAUAAGUAUGUUACCCCCUACACAUUUUCACUGGAUGAGCCAUCUCUAAAGUUGCCAGUUGAGUGGAGGAUCACAACACUCAAUGCUACCUCAGCACUCCUGAGAGCCCAGAAAGAGUUAUCUCCUGGAGAGCACAGUAUCUCCCUCAUAGUUACGGACAGUCAGAACAGGCGGUGCGAGACACCAGAGAGCUUGACUCUGAAGGUCUGCCAGUGUGACGACAGGAGCACCUGUAGAACUUCUCCCACGGACAAAGAACCUGGGAGCACGUAUGGAGAGCUGGCCUCAGGAAGGCUGGGUCCUGCUGCCAUUGGCCUGCUCCUCCUGGGUCUCCUGCUGUUGCUGUUGGCUCCCCUCCUGCUGCUGACCUGUGACUGUGGGACAGGUCCUAUUGGGGGAGCGACAGGUGGUUUUAUUCCAGUUCCUGAUGGUUCAGAAGGAACAAUUCAUCAGUGGGGAAUCGAAGGAGCCCAUCCUGAAGACAAGGAAAUUACAAAUAUUUGUGUGCCAUCUGUAACAGCCAAUGGAGCCAAUUUCAUGGAAAAUUCUGAAGUUUGUACAAACAUGUAUGCCGGAGGGACAGUGGUGGAAGGAGCUUCAGGAAUGGAACUGACCACAAAGCUUGGAGCAGCUGCUGGAUCCAGAGCUGCUGCAGGAUUUGCAGCAGGGGCAGCCACUGGACUUGGCCCCUGCCCUGUGGGGCAAUCUGGAACUAUGAGAACAAGGCAUUCCACUGGAGGAACCAGCAAGGACUAUGCUGAAGGGGCAGUAAGCAUGAAUUUCCUGGAGUCCUACUUUUCUCAGAAAGCCUUUGCCUGUGCAGAGGAAGACGAUGGCCAGGAAGCCAAUGACUGCUUGUUGAUCUAUGACAGUGAAGGUGUAGAUGCCUCUGGGUCCCCUGUGGGCUCCCUGGGUUGUUGCAGUUUUAUUGUUGAUGACUUGGAUGACAGCCUCUUGGACUCGCUUGGCCCCAAAUUUAAAAAGCUUGCAGAGAUAACCCUCGGUGUUGAUGAUGAAGCCAGGCAAGCUCAGCCAGCCCCUAAAAUCGGCGGUUCUGGGAUUGACUCCUGUGGCCGCUCCAUAGAAGGUCAGCAGUCAGGAUCUGGUAGGUGCCAGAUUUUGCCAGGCAGUCAAGGGUCUGUCCAGCCAGCCAUUUCCAUUAAAAAGCUUUCAGCGAUGACCCUCGGUGUUGAUGACAAAGCCAAGCAAGCUCAGCCACUCCCUAAAGUCAGUGGUUCUGGGAUUGACUCCUAUGGCCACUCCAUAGAAGUGCAGCAGUCAGGAUCUGGUAGGUGCCAGAUUUUGCCAGGCAGUCAAGGGUCUGUCCAGCCAGCCAUUUCCAUCCCUGACCCUCUGCUGUAUGGUAACUAUUUGGUAAAGGAGACUUACUCAGCUUCUGGUUCUUUCGUGCAACCCUCCACUGCAGUUGCUGAUCCAAUUCUCACACAAAAUGUAAUAAUGACUGAAAGGGUGAUGUGCCCCACUUCCAGUGUUCCUGGCAACCUAACUUGUCCGACAGAGCUACUAGGGUCACACAAUAUGCUCUGUACAGAAGAUCCUCAUUCCCAUCUGAUAUGACCAGAAUGAACUGGAAUUACAUACUGGUCAAAUCUGGAUAUUUGGACCAAAUUAUUCAAAACAGCAUAACAAAGCUCACGGUAUUGUGCUAAUUGGGCACUUAUUAGCUACUCUCAGAAACCAAUCGUGAUUUUAAUUUAAAUUUUCUGGUUCAUACCCCAAAACUGGAUAUGCGUCACUCCUGAAUUCUCAAAUACUAUUCAAAUUAUAGUAAACUUUCAUGUUUUUCAAAAAAUAUUAAAAUCAUAUUUGGUGGGAAAAUUUUCUAAACAUUUUUAAACUUCUACUUUUCCAGUGCCCAAGGAAGAAGUUGAUCACUUUAAAAUGCAGUGUGGGUUAGUGGACUGAUCACUUGGAGAUAAGAGUCCCAGUUCUUGUCUCUGUCACCUUUUUUAUGUCAUUAAUGAUGGUGUAAGAAUCACAAGGUAUUUUCUAUUUUGAGUUGCUUGGAAAAAGGGGAGUCGUUGCCAUUGAUUUUUUUAUUCUUUUGGUGCUGGGAGACCAUAAGUGCAUCUUUUGCUCAAGCUAAGGGCUAUGGGCUUUUGCAUUUAGUAGAAAUUUAGUAUGGUGUAAAUAAUAUUUUGUGUGUUUCCAUCACCUUAAAAGGAUCUAUCCAAAGAAAACAUUUUACAUUGAACUCCUUUCUACACAUGUCUCAGUAACCAAUCCUGUGUUAGUCUUUGAAAAUGGUUCCUUAUUUUUUAAAUGUUAGGAGGUAGAUGUAACUUAUAUAUGAUACACAAUGAUGUUUAUUAUGUUAAUGAUGUUUACAGACUUUGUGGGAAUACAGAACAUGGCUUUUCUCAGAAGCAAAAGGGACCACUGACUAGAAUAACACAUGGUGAAAUUUGUGAAAAUAUAUUUUAAGCAGCAUUUUGGGAAAAUAGUUGGUGAGAUAAUUUUCAAGUUGAAAAGGGAUAUGCAAGUAGGAUUAUGAGUGAAUUCUAUUUUUUUAAGCCUUACUUCUAAAUUAAACAGCCACAGCAACUUAAUGCUUGAGCGUAACAAUGUUAGGCUAGUGAAAAUUUAGAAUAUAUUAUUUCAUGCAUGCUACCAUUAUGGUAAUACAGUUCUUCAAGUCAUUUCUGAUCAUUCAGGAUAUUUACCCUUUAGCCCAUACAGAACAUCCUACCUCACCUACUUACCGAUAUUACUGUCUUGGCUGAGUCUUUAUAAGCUCAUCAUCUAUCUCCAUUAUUUCUAAUUAUAUAUAAAAAAACAGAGUUUUACAUUGUCUUUUCUAGUUUUUUGUUUUUGGGGGGUUUUUUUGUUUUGUUUUGUUUUUGGGGUUUUUUUUUGCCAUAUCCAAAUCCUCCUUUUGUUUUUCCAGAUGGAUUGCAAAGUAAUCAAGUGUUUGUGUUUUAACCUAGAAGGGUGCAGUCCUGAGGAUACCUGGGGGGAAAGAGACCCUGUAAGUGUCCCUAUCCCUAGUGCUCUUCUUCAUUCCCUGCUCCCAUGACAACUAAGAAGGCAUGUGUUAGAAUAGCCCGAGAAGCUUCCACAGACAUCAAGGCUUUCAAUGUGCCCAUCUUGAGGUGAGAGGAGCUAAACCCUGAGGAGCAGCCUCCUUAGUCCUGCGGAAGUUGCACGGCGAUUACUGAGAUUCUCAACACGAGCUUGCUCUGAGGUCUAGAUCCCACACAGUUGACUUGUGCCUCUGUGUAAGAAACUCAUGAGGAUUUCAUUAAUAAUCAUAAUAACGUUUAUUGGAAGUUCAAAGGUGUAUUCAGGAUCCUCAAAGCAUUUCAACUUUGCCUCUUAAAACCCAUCUUAUCACGAAAUGGAAAUUUUGCUGCCUUAUUAAACUGCAGAGGAAUACACACUAUUAACAGUAAAGGUUGUAUAAGGAAAAAUUGAAAUUAAAUGUUUUUAAAUUUUUUUUAAAAAAUCAAUCUUUAAGAUGACCUAAAAAUU